UCAUACAAAGUCACAUAAAAUGUGACACAAUAAUUUCUUAUAAAGAAUGCUCAAAUAUGAGAGUAAGAAUCGAAAAUCCUCACUUUAUGAAUGUUUCCUUUUCCUCUUAGUUAUGAUUUAGGAGAGAAUCAACCCAACAUUUUAAAACAACAACAACAAUUCUUCAAUCCCAAACAAGUUAGAGUUUAGGCCAAAAUGAUUUAAUAUUUGAUCCGCGAAUUUAUGUUUAGUCCGCGAGAAAUCUAUCGGCAGUGAUCUGUGCUACUGACCGUUCGCUGAGCUUAUAAGACUAGACCACAGUAGUGAUUCCCCACCAACUGUUCGAUACAUUGUCUCAAAGAAGUUGAAGCAAAGAUAUUGACUUUUCAGCACUUUUUAUGCUAAUUUGGAGCUGUAGCUGAUUGAUUUUUUCCAUGUCAAUCAUGUUAUUCAGAAGACAACUCAUCAACUUGUCUUGUAUACUCAAUUCCCAAUUUCUUCUAAGAGUAUGUUCAUAUUCCUCAAGACCAACAAGAGCUUGUCAAGCAAAUGAACUUAAUUUCGUCGAUGAUAGUAAAACCCAUUCAGCUGCUGCAAAUGUUGAUAACAGGGUUUUUCACCUUUCACCAUUGUAUAGGGAUAUUAAUAAGGAUUCUUUAAAAGAUUGCAAGAUUGAAUUAGUGGAUAAUGAGACUUGGAGGGUGUCCUCUGGUUUAGCUGAGGCAUGGCGAGACAACACAAAUGUUGCAUCCAAGAAAAAGUCAUUUUCCAUUGAAACUGAAAUUGAUGAUGAGGCGACUAGUUAUGCGUCUUUGAACGAGGACGGUCAUGACUUUGAUGAGAUUGAGGAUAUGAGGAUACGCGGGAACUUGUUUUACAAGCUUGAUAAAGAUUCCAAGGAAUACGAAGAAUAUAAGUUUGAAUUCCAUAGAAGGAAUACGAACAAGAAUAAUGGAAAUGACGGUCCAAAAGAGAAGGAAAAAUCGAAUAACGUUUCAGCUUCUAGGGUCGAGAAAGGUCUAAAGGGUAUAGAUGAGAAGCAGCAAAACAAGAAAGAGAAACUGAGCUAUAACUCUGCCUCUCCGUUUCAGAAUUUUCAGCUAAAUGAUUUCGGAGCAUCUCCAAUAAAGAGGUUAAGGGUUCCAACUUUUAAUCAGCUUACUGCCCCUUAUCAUGAGCCGUUUUGUUUGGAUAUUUAUGUGUCGAAAGGUUCAGUAAGUGCUAGCAUUAUCCACAGAGCUACUAGCAAGGUUGUUGUUGUGGCGCACUCUAUUUCAAAGGACAUGAAAUUUGACUUGGGAUCAACUAAGAAUAGAGCUACUUGUGCUGCUAUUGGGGAAGUUCUGGCUCAAAGAGCACUGGCUGAUGAUAUUCAUAACGUAGUUUAUACGCCAAGGAAAGGGGAGAAAUUGGAAGGGAAACUUGAGAUUGUACUUCAGUCCAUUAUUAACAAUGGCAUCAAUGUGAAGGUGAAGAUUAAGCAGAGGAAAACCAAGAAACCUGGCUUCCACCGCCCGACAGCUUAGGUGGUCAUCCUACAUUACGUAGGAUGAAAUUAAAAGUGACAAGGAAGUUUUAUCAACGUCUUAUAAGCUCGAAACAGCGCAAUGUAGUAAGUAGAACAAGGUCAGAGAUGUAUUACUACCUCUUUUGCGAGGUUGCAGAACAUUUCCCUAAAUUCAGUCUUUAAAUCGGUUUCAAUAGUAGUUACAAACUUGGGAAUAAAUCUUUUAUUUCCUGCAAUUUGUAUUCUCUUUAUGAGAAUACAUUGCUGUUAAUGGAGAAAUCUGCUUUACAUGUUAGCAUUCUUUGUAAUUAUAUGAUAGAAAGAACAAAAAAUUGAGACUUUCUUUUGGUUUAGCACCUGGUCCAGUACCCUCUCUGGGACCCGACAUCCAGAUUCGGGAAGUCCCACUUUGGGCGGUGAAGUGCUCACUACCAAAUCCAAGGGCUCGAACCCGAGACCUUUGGACGCUGGUUAAGGAUAAAAGGGUACUUACCACCCCACCACAACCUUUGAUAGCACACCUGUAACUACAUGGUUGAAGGUUUCACACUUGGUGUCUGGUACCCUCUUUUGGGCCCGACAUCCGGAUUCCGGAAGUCCCACUUUGGGAGUAAAGUGCUCACUACCAGAGGUGACUUCUUCCUACGGCUCGAACCCUUCUUCCUAGGGCUCGAACCCGAGACCUCUGGUUAAGGACGGAGGGGUACUUACCACCCCACCACAACCUUUGAUUUCCAAAAAGAUAGUCUGAAAACACCUUUAACUACAUGGUUGAGCGCUUGU